GUGGACCUUUUGCAUUGGAUUAGAGUGACCCACUUUACUGCUAAUCAAUCGGCACUAGAGAAAGACUGCAGCAGCGUCCUAGAUCUCAGGCUGACGCGCUGUCGGAUGCGAGUGGUGUUAGAGGGCGGUGCCAAUAACGUGAGGUUUUGGGAGGCUGAUUAUUCAGGCAAAGCACGUGUCAAUGGAGAAUCCAGUCGGGGGACACUUCCAAUGCCGAAAAGAGACACGGGCCCGGAAAAAGAAAAGGAAACAGAACACAAGAAAAUAUGAUGCCAGACACCAAUACGCACAUAGAGCGUACUAGAAGCGGCUGCUGGUUGUGCUACAGACGACUUGAUCAUCAUCAUCAUCGUGAUUCGUUAAUCUCGGUGACAAUUUGAGCCGCUCGCUCUCUUCUCUCCCUUGCUGUUGUGUAAAGGGGUCCUCUUUUUCUCUGUUCGUCUGUCUCAAGACUUGAGCUUUCUUAGCUAGCUUCUCUUACAGUGGGGUUAUCAACUAGACUAUUCAAAGAACAACGGCAUAACGAAUCUUGGAGUUUUCCAUAUUGGUUUUCCUUUUUUGGCUAACGAGAGAGUUAAUUAAAAGAAAUGACGAAUUUUUGAGCUUGGGGCUUUUAAACAUUCCAUGGAAAGAUCAAGCUUGCUGACAGCACUUGAUGUACAGAAAGGAAUUUUCAGGACUUUUUUACUUUUGAAUUGAAAAAAGGAGAUCAAAAUGGCUGCUGCUACUGAGGGCUCCAUUGAUGUUCGUGAUCAUGGAAUGUCUCUUGACAAGAAAAAGGGUAGAGUUCAAUGCAAUUAUUGUGGUAAAGUGGUCAGUGGUUUCUUCCGUCUAAAGUGCCACUUAGGAGGUAUACGUGGUGAUGUUAUCCCUUGUGAAAAUGCUCCUCAAAAGGUGAGGGAACAGUUUAGAGACAGUUUGCUUGAAAGAAAGACAGAAGGCUUUUGCAAGGAAGUUGGAGAGCCCUAUGACCUAAAUCUUCCUCAGAAGAGGAAUUGUUGUCCUAACCUGAACAGUGUUGAGCAUAACAAGCAUGAAAUUGCCCAAAAUGGCAGUUCCUAUUUUGCGAGGCAUGUUGAUAUAGACUCUUCCGCAGAAGACACUCUGAUGGACACUGCUCCUUGUCCCAAUGGAAGUAUAGGUUCCCAAGCAGCCAUAAAUUGUGAAUCAAGAAAAUAUUCAUCAUCAAGUGAAGCCCAAAAAUGCAUUGCUAGAUUCUUCUAUGAAACGGGUGUAGAUCUCAGUGCUGCCAAUUCUCCUAGCUUUAAAAGAAUGAUAAAUGCCACACUUGGUCAUGGUCAGACGGAGUAUAAUAUCCCUAGUUGUCAGGAACUAAAAGGGUGGAUGCUUCAUGAUGAGAUAAAGGAGAUGCAAAAGUAUGUGAAGAAUAUUAGGCAUUCAUGGGCAAGCACGGGGUGCAGUGUUUUGUUAGAUGGAUGGAUUGAUGAAAAGGGUCGCCACCUGGUUAAUUUUUUGGUGGAUUGCCCGCAGGGUGCUGUUUAUCUUCGGUCAUCUGAUGUUACAUCCUUCAUUAGUGAUGUUGAUACAUUACAGUCGUUGUUGGAUGGAAUUAUUGAGGAGAUUGGAGUUGACAAUGUCGUUCAAGUGGUGGCAUGUUCUACAAAGGGUUGGGUGGGAAAUGUGGGCAAGCAAUUCGUGGAUAGAUGCAAGAGAGUAGUCUGGACUGUGAGCGCAUCCCAUUGUAUUGAGCUUAUGCUAGAGAAGAUUGGGAUGAUUGAAUCUAUCAAAAGGAUAUUAAAUGAAGCCAAGACCAUUAUAAAGUUUAUUUAUGGCCAUGAAACCGUUUUGAGUCUUUUGAAGAAACAUACUCUUGGCCGCGACCUAAUUAAGCCCUCAAAAACAAGAUUGGCAAUGCCCUUUAUGACUCUAGAGAAUAUUGUAUCCGAAAAGCAGCAUUUAAAGGAUAUGUUUGUUUCAUCUGAGUGGAAAACAUCAUUCUGGGCUUCUAGAAUAGAGGGAAAGAGGGUGGCCGAUUUGGUGGGAGAUCAAUCUUUCUGGAAUGGAGUUGGGAAUGCCUUAAAGGCAACUACACCACUGGUGCGUGUUCUAUUUUUGAUCAAACAGGCUGAUAAGCCACAGGUAGGGUACAUAUACGAAACAAUGGAUCAAGUAAAAGAGACAAUUAAAGAGGAAUUUAAAAAGAAGAAACCCCAUUACAUGCCUUUCUGGCAAGUGAUUGAUGAGAUUUGGGACACCCAUCUCCAUAGCCCUAUCCAUGCUGCAGGGUAUUAUUUAAACCCAAGUCUCUUCUAUUCAAGUGAUUUCUUUGGUGAUGCCGAGGUUGCCUUUGGUCUUUUGAGCUCAAUUGUUCGCUUGGUACAAGAUCAAAGAAGUCAAGAUAUGAUAUCCCGACAACUUGAGGAGUACAGACAUGCUAGAGGUAGUUUUGAAGAGGGGAGUGCUCUUGACCAAAGAACCAACAUGCCUCCAGCCCUGUGGUGGUCUCGAUAUGGAAGGCAAUAUCCUGAGCUACAGAGAUUUGCCAUUCGUAUUUUGAGCCAGAACUGUGAUGGUGCUUCAAGAUACGCCCUCAAAAGGAGUUUGGCUGAGAAGCUAGUCACAACUGGAAGGAAUCCAAUUGAGCAGAAACGAUUGAAUGAUCUGGCAUUUGUGCAUUAUAAUUUGCAACUGCAGCAAUUUCAGUCAGGCACCAAGCUUGACAUUGUAGCUGAAGAGAUUGACCCAAUGGAUGAUUGGAUUGUUGAUGAAGUACCAGAGACUGUAUCUCAAAAUGGUCUAUUUUCAAGGAUAAACUUUGAUACUAAUGGGGAAGGACCUUCUAAUAUUUGGGCAAAGAAAGAACCCUGGUAAGGUUGGGAAAAGGACAGGAUAGCAAUAUAAUUUUCACAGGAUUCCAAUAGAUGCUUUAGAAUCAGUGUUAGUAUAAUGUACAUGACAUUUUUGUCUCCUUUAUGUAUAUAUUUGUUAGCUAGCUUCGCUUA